AUGGCCCCGAAACCUCAAGAGAAAGUUGGAGAAAAUGUGGGACGAUUGAACAAGUCGGGUGGAGAAGCUGUGGUCAUAUCUGGAAUAUCUGGUCAAUAUCCGAUGUCAAAUAAUGUCAAAGAAUUUAGUGAUAUUCUGUAUAGUAAGGUUAAUCCUAUUACGACAGAAAACAAGCGAUGGAAAUCAAACUAUCCCGAAGUAUCGCAGUACGUGGGCACAGUGCCGGGGCUGGAUCGUUUCGACGCGCAAUUCUUCAAGGUCCACUACAGGCUCGGCAGCAGCAUGGACACAAUGUCUAAGAAAAUUCUGGAACAUACAUAUCAGGCUCUAUACGAUGCUGGCAUAAACCCCCAUCACCUGAAUGGAAAGAAAGUAGCUGUAUUCAUCGGUGCAUGCUUCUCAGAGACUGAGAAGGCUUCCUUCUAUGCAUCCAGUGCGAGGACCGGCUUUGGUAUUAUGGGAUGCAGUAAGUCCAUGUUCGCCAACCGUAUUUCGUACUGGCUCAACUUGAAGGGUCCUUCCAUGGCUAUCGAUGAGGCCUGCUGCAGCUCUUCCGCAGCUCUCACUCAGGCUUAUCAGGCCCUCACCAGAGGUGAUUGCGAGGCUGCUAUAGUGGGAGGUGCUAAUUUGAUCUUGCAUCCACAGACCUCUAUUCAUACUGGCAGGAUUAUAGCGAACUGCUCAGAUGGCAAAACGAAAUCUUUCGAUGACAACGCUGAUGGGUGUGUUAAAUCUGAAGCCAUUCAAGUAGUAUUUUUACAAAAAGCGAAAGAUGCCUUGAGAACUUACGCUGAAGUGGUACACAUAAAAAAUGAAUACAUUCAGAUGAACGCUGACCACGGCUUUUACAGAGAUCCUAUUGUUAUAAAUAAAUUCUUGGAAAAAUUUUACGAUGAAGUCCGUAUUUCUCCUGAAGUUGUGGAAUAUGUGGAAGCCAUGGGAUCAGCUAUACCGAAUGCGGACAAAGCAGAGUUAGAAGUAAUAAGUGAACUAUUUUGCAAAGAUAGAAUCAAUCCCCUGUUGAUUGGCAGCGUAUUUUCUAACAUUGGAUACUCAGAGGCUUCAUCAGGACUCUGUUCCUUGAUAAAGGAUGCGCGUCGUCACCGAGAACGAGCCGUUCCGACGCGGCUACGUGGCCAUCAACAACCACUCCAUCACAGGGUGUACCGCUCACAUGUUGGUCGCUGGCAGGACAACACUCGAUACAAGUCGAGCAUACCUCAUAUCGUGACGAUAUCAGCGAGACACGAGAGCGCAGUACAAAAAAUAUUUGAGGAUUUGAAAUCUCGUCCUGUGGAUCCUGAACAACUGGCGCUCUUCCAUAAUAUACACAACACAAAUAUAUCUGGUCACCUAGCCAGAGACACAAAUUCGGAACAAAAGACAGUGACUUUGACGGAGAAUUGCGAGUAUUUCGACGACGCGCGCCGCCCGCUGUGGUUCGUGUACAGCGGAAUGGGCUCCCAGUGGGCCGGCAUGGGCACUCAGCUCAUGCGCAUACCCAUCUUCGCCGCCGCCAUCUACAGAUGCCAGCGGGCUCUUGAACCAAAGGGAAUUGAUUUAGUCCAUAUCAUAACUUCCACUGACAAAAAAAUCUUCGACAACAUACUUCACUCGUUUGUUGGUAUCGCUGCCGUACAGAUCGGACUAACGGAUGUUCUAAGAGAACUUGGACUCUUUCCAAAUAAAAUUAUAGGUCACAGUGUCGGUGAGCUCGGUUGCGCGUACGCUGAUGGUUGUUUCACCGCUGAGGAAAUGAUUCUAUCCGCUUACAGCCGUGGACUUGUCUCAAUCCAGACACCGUUCAUCCGCGGAUCAAUGGCUGCAGUUGGUAUCGGCUAUCAAGAUAUCAAGGAUAUGCUUCCUCCUGAAAUCGAAGUAGCUUGCCAUAAUUCGUCCGAGUCCAGCACCAUAUCGGGACCCGCAGACAUGAUGAGGGAGUUUGUGGCGAGUCUCUCCUCCAAAGGAAUAUUCGUGAAGGAUGUGCCAUGCUCCAAUAUUGCGUAUCAUUCCCGCUACAUCGCUGAGGCUGGACCAAAAUUGCUGAAGUACCUAUCCGAAGUAAUUAAGGCGCCAAAACAGCGAAGCGACCGAUGGCUGUCGACUUCUGUAUCAAGAGACAAGUGGGAUGAACCAGCUGCUCAAACAUCUUCUGCCGUGUACCAUACUAACAACUUACUGAAUCCAGUACUGUUUGAAGAAACAUCCCGACUAAUUCCUUCCAAUGCGGUGUUAGUGGAAAUAGCCCCCCACGGUCUGCUGCAAGCUAUUUUGAAGCGUUCCUUACCAGUCUCGUGCAAACACAUCCCGCUCACCCGUCGAGGACAUCCAGACAAUGCGUUAAUGGUACUGGAAAGCAUUGGCAAAUUGUUCAUGGAAGGAUAUCACCCCAAGGUAAAUGUGUUAUAUCCAAAGAUAGAGUUCCCAGUUUCAACAGAAACACCGAUGAUGUCGCAUCUUGUGGAAUGGGCCCACAAUGAAAAAUGGCCUCUACCUCUAUACGUUGCUGCACAUAGAAAAAUUGCUGCUGCUGCCAAAUAUGUGGUUUGUCUUCAUGAUCCCGAGCACAACUACUUGAGUGGACAUGUUAUCAAAGGUAAAACGGUUUAUCCAUUCGCGGCAGCGUUGGUUGCUGUUUGGGAUACUGUAGCUAUGUACACGAACAAGCCUAAGAAGGAACUAUCUGUGACUUUCCGAGACAUUCAGUUCUUCGCUCAGCCUGUUUUUAACAAGAACAGGCCUCUGAUGAUUCACGUGGCGAUACACAGAGGGCAAGGGCGCUUUGAAGUCAUGGAAGGAGACUCAAAAAUAGCUACUGGAUAUGUAAAUGAAGGUUCUAUAUGUGAUAUAAACAACACUUUUGAAAAGGUCGCAGAUAAAUCUAUUAUGUUUAAUAGCAACGACGUAUAUAAUAUUCUUUUUGAACGUGAAUAUUCAUAUGGAGGCGUAUUCCGUAAUAUUUAUGGUGUUGAUGACACUCUCACGGAGGCUAAACUGCUUUGGAAUAGUAACUGGGUAUCUUUGAUUGACGGCAUGCUCCAGAUGAAUGUUUUGCGACAGAAACACGACGCUGUCUCCAAACCUUUGGGAAUAAGAAAGAUGUGUAUAGAUAUUGAACAGCAUAAUCUAGCAGAAACGGAUAAUUUAAAUAGAAAAAUCUUCCUUACAGCUAACGUUGAUGAAAUAUUAGAUAAGACAAGAUGUGGAGGAAUAACAAUGGAAAACAUAAAAUUUUGUAAUCUUUCACAUUCCAAUUCAGAAGAAGUUAUUUUAAGAACUCCGCAUUUCAACAAUUCAUCGGGUAGUGAUGAUGGAAAAUAUUCUGUACCUUUGGAAUAUAAACCAUUAGCAUCGCCUUAUGUUAGUUUACGAAGUAAAAGCAUUGGUGAUUUAAAUUCACUUACUUGGGUUGAAACAAAAGAGGCUGCUGCAUCUGGGAUUCCUGUUAUGAUUCAUUACGCUGGGCUGAACACUGUUGAUUCAAUGACUGCCACAGGAAGAUAUGGUACGAGGAUGGAAAGUGAUAUCGAAAAAAUUUCUUACAAAAUGGACUUCAGUGGUAUCACUGAAUGUGGUGUUCAAGUGAUGGGAGUAGUUCCGUCUGGUGCAGCGAGCAAUCGUGUGAUGGCGUCACCUGAACUCUUGUGGCCUGUUCCCAAACAUUGGACGAUGGAAGAUGCGGCUACUGUACCUUUGCCAUACGCUCUUGCAUUUUACUGUCUCAGUUUUAACAUAUUAUUUCUCGUCCCAAAAAAAGAUAAAUGUCUUAAAUGCAUAUCUUUUAAAAACAAUCCUGAUGGAUUCACUGUAGAAGAAAAACUACCUCCGAAAAAGAAGUUGAAGAUUCUAAAAACCGUUUCAAGUCACACUUCUAUGCCGGUAGAUAGUGUUCACGCAGUCAUAGAAAGAAGUGUAAAAAAUUCUAUAAUUUAUGCUCCAUCACAAUGGGCAACCGUUUUUCAACUGGCUAGGAAAAAUCCAAAACCCAAUAACGUUGAAAUAAUGUCCCAUCAAGAUUUUAAAUCAUGGGAUUCAAUUUCUGAAAAAUAUUUUAAAAACAAUUUAGUAGGUAAAAUAAGUAAAAAUAGGAUUGUCACAUUUAAAAAAUGA